AGACAGACAGCCAGCAGCACCACUACCAGGGCUCUGCCUCAUUGUGUUGCUGGUACAUGGUGCUACUUGGGAUGCCGUAAUUUACCAGCACAUGGAUGAUGCAUGGCAGAUACAGAACCUCUUUUCAAGUGAACUGGGAGCAUGGAGAGAAGAAAGAAAAAAGAGAGAACUGCAAAGAAAGUUUGAAGAGCGCUGUGCUUCUGAAGGGCUCCUGCCCCUCCUUUCAGCAGCGUAUGAGGUGACCACCUCGGGGCGUUUUGCAUCUGAGUUUUGAAGAUACCAAAGAGCAAAUGCUCCGGUGAACUUCACUGACAGCUGGAAGGACUCAACAAUGAGAAUCCAUCUUAUGGGGCUUGCCGCGGAGCAGCGGCACUUUCCGAACGGCGGUUCCACGCUGGGACAGGACCUGCCGUUCCUCGGGAGACAGGAUCGCGCACCUGAAUUUGUGCCAGACUCUGCAGGAACACUGAUGCCAGCAAUUUGAGGAUCUCCACUUUCCGUCCCAGUGGUAGUUAAGCAGUGUUGCCACAAAGGUAACGCUCAUCUCUCACCAGCCAUGAGGCUUCCUCUGCUUUGUGCCUCCGUGAUGCUCAUGAGCCUGUCCCAGUGCCGAGCCGUCAGCUUCCCCGAAGACGAGGACCCUAUUAACGUUGUGGACUCCCACUAUUCAAGGCAAUAUCCAGUAUUUAGAGGACGCCCUUCAGGCAAUGAAUCUCAGCACAGACUGGACUUCCAACUGAUGUUGAAAAUUCGAGACACACUUUAUAUCGCUGGCAGGGAUCAAGUUUACACCGUAAACUUAAAUGAAGUUCCCAAGUCAGAAGUUACUCCAAGCAAGAGAUUAACAUGGAGGUCAAGGCAGCAGGACAGAGAGAACUGCGCUAUGAAAGGCAAACAUAAAGAUGAAUGCCAUAACUUCAUUAAAGUCUUUGUUCCAAGAAAUGAUGAGAUGGUGUUUGUCUGUGGAACAAAUGCGUUUAACCCUAUGUGCAGAUACUAUCAGCUGAAUACCUUAGAGUAUGAUGGGGAAGAAAUUAGUGGCUUGGCAAGAUGCCCUUUUGAUGCCAGACAAACCAAUGUCGCCCUCUUUGCUGAUGGAAAAUUGUAUUCGGCAACUGUAGCAGAUUUCCUGGCAAGUGAUGCUGUUAUUUAUCGCAGCAUGGGGGAUGGAUCUGCCCUAAGAACAAUAAAGUAUGAUUCCAAAUGGAUAAAAGAACCACACUUCCUCCAUGCUAUAGAAUAUGGGAACUACGUUUAUUUCUUCUUCCGAGAAAUCGCUGUAGAGCACAAUAAUUUAGGCAAGGCUGUGUAUUCCCGGGUGGCACGCAUAUGCAAAAAUGACAUGGGGGGGUCCCAAAGAGUCCUGGAAAAACAUUGGACAUCCUUUCUGAAAGCUCGGCUCAACUGCUCAGUUCCUGGGGAUUCAUUCUUCUACUUUGAUGUUCUGCAGUCUAUCACAGACAUAAUAGAAAUCAAUGGAGUCCCCACGGUCGUCGGUGUGUUCACGACACAGCUUAACAGCAUCCCUGGUUCAGCAGUGUGUGCAUUCAGCAUGGAUGACAUUGAGAAAGUCUUCAAAGGGAGAUUUAAAGAACAAAAGACUCCUGACUCUGUUUGGACAGCUGUACCUGAAGACAAAGUACCAAAGCCAAGACCUGGCUGCUGUGCAAAACACGGCCUAGCAGAGGCUUACAAAACCUCCAUUGAUUUCCCAGACGAAACACUCUCCUUCAUCAAAUCUCACCCUCUGAUGGAUUCAGCUGUUCCCUCAGUCAUCGAGGAGCCCUGGUUUACCAAAACACGUGUCAGAUACAGAUUGACAGCAAUUGCCGUGGACCACGCUGCUGGACCGUACCAGAACUACACAGUCCUAUUUGUGGGCUCCGAAGCCGGAGUAGUACUUAAAAUCUUGGCAAAGACCAGGCCUUUUUCUUUGAAUGACAGCGUAUUACUGGAAGAGAUUGAAGCAUAUAAUCAUGCAAAGUGUAAUGCUGAGAGCGAGGAGGACAGAAGAGUCAUCUCCCUGCAGCUGGACAGAGACCACCACGCUCUGUUCGUGGCCUUCUCCAGCUGCGUCAUUAGAAUUCCUCUGAGUCGGUGUGAGCGGCACGGAUCAUGUAAAAAGGCAUGUAUUGCUUCACGGGACCCAUACUGUGGCUGGCUAGACCAUGAGGCGUGUGGAAGGGUGACGCCAGGCAUGCUGUUCUCUUUGUUUGUUUCAUACAACCACAGCACCGGAGGAUACGCACAAGAUGUCGAAUACGGCAACACAGCGCAGCUUGGGGACUGCCACGAAAUUUUGCCUACUACAGCUACACCAGAUUACAAAAUAUUUGGCGACCCAACAUCUGACAUGGAGUUCUCCUCAGCUUCCAUUACCACAAUGGCAAGUAUCCCAGUUAUAUCACCUAAAGUGAUUGGUUCCUGGAAACCUAAAGUGACUGGCUCUCGGAAAUUUGUAGUUCAAGAUGACCCAAACACUUCUGAUUAUUCUGAUCCAUUAUCAGGUGUCCCAAAGGGUGUAAGGUGGGAAGUACAAUCAGGAGAGUCCAACCAAAUGGUACAUAUGAAUGUCCUAAUCACUUGUGUCUUUGCCGCUUUUGUCCUGGGAGCCUUUAUCGCGGGAGUGGCCGUUUACUGUUACCGGGAUAUAUUUGUACGGAAAUCCAGAAAAAUACACAAAGAUGCAGAAUCGGCUCAGUCCUGUACUGACUCCAGCGGGAGCUUUGCCAAACUGAAUGGGCUGUUUGAUAGUCCCGUCAAGGAGUAUCAACAAAACAUCGAUUCACCCAAACUUUACACGAACCUGUUGACUAGCAGAAAGGACUUGCCUCCAAAUGGUGACACGAAGUCCAUGAUGAUGGACCACAGGGGCCAGCCUCCGGAAUUAGCUGCGCUUCCGACUCCUGAGUCGACACCGGUUCUUCAGCAAAAGACCCUGCAGGCUAUGAAGGGUCAAUCGGACAAGGCGCAUAGCAACCUCAACGCUUCACGGAAGGAAACCCCGCUAAAAAGCCCUCAGUUUUUUCCUUCCAGUCCUCCACCCCACUCUCCUCUAAGCCACGGACAUAUUCCUAGUGCUAUCGUUCUUCCCAAUGCCACCCACGAUUACAAUGCGUCUUUCUCAAAUUCUAAUGCGCACAAGGCAGACAAAAAGAUGCAACACAGUGAUCACCCGCUUACAAAACCGUCCAGCAAAAGAGACCACAGGAGAUCUGUUGAUUCCAGGAACACCCUGAAUGAUUUUCUGAAACACUUAAAUGAAACUACUAGUAAUCCCAAAGCGAUUAUGGGAGAUCUUCAAGUGGCCCACCAGACUUUAAUGCUGGAUCCAAUGGGAAAUAUGUCUGAGAUCCCACCUAAGGUUCCCAACAGGGAGGCGUCUUUGUACUCACCUCCAUCAACACUUCCGAGGAACAGCCCCACAAAGCGAGUGGACGUUCCCACCACUCCUGCAGUACCGAUGACCUCUUUGGAAAGGCAGAGGGGUUAUCACAAAAAUUCUUCACAAAGGCAUUCAAUAUCUGCCCUUCCUAAAAACUUAAACUCACCAAACGGUGUUUUGUUAUCCAGACAGCCUAGUAUUAACCGUGGGGGGUACAUGGCUCCCACGGCAGGCACAAAGAUGGACUACAUGCAAGGGACGCCUGUCAGCGUUCACCUCCAGCCUUCCUUGUCCAGGCAGAGCAGUUACACGAGCAACGGCACCCUUCCUCGUACAGGAGUAAAGAGGACACCCUCCCUAAAACCCGACGUGCCGCCAAAACCCUCGUUUGUUCCUCAGACAACUUCAGUCAGACCACUGAACAAAUACAGUUACUAAGGACAUGUCUGUGGUUAAACAAAAUGCGUGUGGCGUUGACCCGUACAGGUUGUGAGUUGGUGUUGUGGUAGGCACAAAAGACAGAGACUUGCUUGUUAUUACAGAGAACAAAGUGGCCAAAGAAACUGUCUUUACUUCAGCAACAUCUGUGUCUUGCCACAUGUAGCUAUAGCAAGACUUUGUGUACUUGCUAAAAGCAAACAAACACAAAAAAAACAAAGGAAAGUGCUGGUCAUUACAUUUCUUUUGUUUGGAGCUAAGGAGACAUGUAGCACAAUGGGGUGGGGGCUACUUUACUGUUCUAAAUAGCGAAAAAAAAAGAGUUCUUGGGGAAAAAAGAAUCGGCAAACAAAUACUUGAAAAAUGGGUUCCAUUUUAGACUGCCAUUAAGUGUGGUCCUUCCCAUUAAAUGUGAACAUUUUAAUAUGUAUGCAUUCACCUUGCCUCUUGCACAAAUGUCAGAAAAUGGUAAUGUCUCAAUGAAUAUCUGGUUAAUAAUCAGUUUGCUGGAAUUCA